GUCGUCGUGGACUUUAACGUGUGUUGAGCGGUCACGAAGUGACGACCCUCUGAAUUCAACGAAAGCUGCGGUGAACAUUUCAAAGAAAUCCAUGCAUUAACCUGCAACUUUUUUGAAAUGACAUCGAAUAGAGGCAGUUGGGAUCCAUCUCAGCUCAGGCAGUACCCGAUCCCAUUAGAAGACAUACCCAGACUGGACGUUAACGACCCAGAAGUUGGGCGAUGCAUCUCGCAAACGCGACCAGUGGUUGUUACAAAUUCCAAGUUAGCAGAACCAGCUUUGAAAUGGGACCUAGACUACCUCCAAGAACACCUAGGCCAGGCCACAUUCAAUGUAUUCAUGGCAAAGGGUAGAGGUCACAAGUUCAUGUACUAUGACCCCAAAAGAGCCAAGGAAUGCAAGGGCUUUGAGCCCCAAAUGCAUGCAAAGGACAUGACCUUCCAAGAGUUUGUACAUCGGUUCCGGUCAUCCAAGUCAGAGGACAGUCGGCUUUACCUCCAGCAGGCUCUGAAUGACACUGUCGGACCAGCUAUAGUCGAUGACUUUGUGCAUUUCAAUUGGUCGUGGGUGACAGCUCAGCAGAGGACACACAACUGGGGCCCGCUGACGUCCAACCUGUUGCUGGUCUCCAUGGAGGGAAAUGUGACACCAGCCCACUAUGAUGAGCAAGAGAACCUAUUUGCCCAGGUACAGGGUUAUAAGAGGGUCAUCAUGUUUCCACCCAACCAGUUUGGCUGUUUAUAUCCAUUUCCUGUCAACCAUCCCUGUGACAGACAGAGCCAGGUUGACUUUGAAAAUCCAGACUAUGACAAGUUCCCAAAGUUCCGCAAUGCCAAAGGUUUACAAGCCGUAGUUGGGCCUGGUGAUGUUAUCUAUAUUCCAAUGUAUUGGUGGCAUCACAUUGAAUCGCUCCUAGGUGGUGGAGAGACUGUCUCAGUCACUUUCUGGUAUAAGACUACCCGCAUACCUCCAACAAUUACAUACCCUCUAUCACCACAACAGAAGGUAUGCAUCAUGAGAAACAUCGAGAAGAUGCUUAGCGAAGCUCUGAAAGACCCUGAUGAGAUCGGAUCAUUACUUCACACAAUAGUCCAAGGACGGUAUAAUGAUACACAUGACUUCAUGUCAACAACUUAGAACCCUCAACCUUAAUCUGGAGGUACCUGUAUCAACCCCAAAAAUAACAAAAGCUGUAAAUAGAUGAACUAAUGUCGACACAUAAUCACGCAAAUUAUCGUGCUUGUAAUAUAUAUGAAAAGCAUCUCAGGUUGUUUGUUUGUUUGUUAAUGACGUAAGCUGGCGAUACUUAAAAAUGGAUGGUUACACUGCUUCUUUAAUACUUAAGCUGUGGUUUCUGUCGUACCCUAAACCGAUUUGGUAUUCUGAUGGCCAUACUUAUUUGUGGUAUCUUUUGCAAUUAUUGUCAGUUUUGCAUGCACGAGUUCAGUCUCUUGAGCAUGGCUGUACACUAACUUUAAUACUAACAGUAAGCAUGUCAAAACUGGUCACUGAAACACCCAGCUGGCUAAUAGGCCCACAAGACUGGCUCUAACGUUACAUACCUAGUGUGGACUUGUGAACAAAAGAUG